UCUCUGUGUAAACUGUACGGACACUCUCGCUGAGAACUUUCUCUCUCUUAUCUGUACGGAAACACUUCGAACUCCAGAAUGAAUCCACCUAAUUUCCUCGAUGCGGAGGAAGAAGAGCUCUCUCGGACUAAAGAACCGGCACCGGCCACAACGGAUACUGAUCUUCCUCCAGAGCCGCAGGCACCCGCCACAACGGAGACUAAUCUUCCUCAAGCGCGGGAACCGGUCACGAUGGAGAGAAAUGAUCACAGUGUGGUCGUGUCCAGGGAUCUGAAUUUGGACCUGAGCGUUUGCGAAAUUGAUCUGGAGGUUCAGUGCUUUUAUAAGCGUGACAAUUUGGCGGCAUUCAGAUCAAACGAUGCUUGGGGUAAAGCUUCCGAAACCGAUGAGAAAUUUCUAAUAUCUGAUUCGGAGAAAGGAAGCGCAAGUUCGGCUGUGAAAUGUCAAGAUUCUCCGAAGAAAGGAGAUCAGGCUUCAAAAUCUGAGGAAAAGAACAAGGAGAACGUGGCCAUUUUUGACUUUGAUUUGAGCCUUUUGAACAUUGGUAUGAUAGAGAGUUCACCGGCUGGUGGUCAUGGCCAUCAGGUGAAUGAGGAAGAGAGCAGUGCGAUGACGGAAGAGGCCGGCGAGGGCGCUCACAGCGAUGGAUCCGAGAAAAAUAUUAUCUGAAUUUCUUGAAUUUUCAACUACGUACGUACAUUAAAGGUAAAAACAAUGCGCUCUUCAUGGACAUUGAGCA